UCAUUCCGCGGCAGCUCUACGAGCAUCUUGACUCCGUCGGGAUGAACUAUGGACCCUUGUUUCAGAACAUCGCAGAGGUCCGCACAUGCGAUGGCCACUGCGUGAGCAGAGUCACGAUCCCAGAUACCAAGUCCAAGAUGCCCUGCCAGUUCGAAUACCCACACCUUCUGCACCCUGCCACUUUGGAUGCCAUGAUUCAGACUCUUUUGGCUAUCAAGCCGGUGCCCAUGGUCCCUGUUGCCAUCAGGAGACUUUUUGUGGCUGCAGACCUGGGCGGUGCAGCAUCGGGCGCAGAAUUCACCGGCUACUCGUCAGUCAGUGCGGCUGGCAUUCGGAACGCAGAGGCAACCAUUUUCAUGAAGCAGGAAUCAAUACAUCAAGCACACGUUGUCAUUGAAGGUCUGAGCUUGGCCGCAUUGCCUGCCAUAUCUCCCGAAGAAGGGGGUUUCCUGCGCAGCAAUCGCAAUCUUUGCAGCCAGAUCAUCUGGAAAGAAGAUGCCCUCUUCGCUCGGCCGAGCUCAUACAGUGAACAGGUUGCUGUGCUUGCCCACAAGUACCCCGGGCUGUCGAUACUCCAGGUUGGUGGCAGUUUUGAGCUCUCACAAGCAACUCUAAAUGCGGGCAGCCCGGAUCCAGACGCCACUCCCCAGAUCCGCCAAUACACCAUCAUUGGGGGCGAUGGAGACGAUGUCGCCAUGAGACUGCUUGCCUCUGUGAGAGACACUCCACUUGAGCGUUGUGUCAGAAAAGAGUCUGAUAUUUCGGCCGUCGACAGUGAGUACGACUUGAUUGUUGCUUUCAACGACGUUGAGGUGGAUUUCAGCAUCUUGGAACCGAAGCUGAAAGAGACCGGCGUUCUGUUGAUGCAAAUCAACCCCACAGAAGAACCUGAUGAGCAGCAGGUUGGCGAAUUCCAAAGUACUUCCGGUACCCAAGACAUUAGUCGUAUGCAAAUGAUCGCCGAUCAGGUCAUGAAAGAGGGUGAUCAAGAUGUGCAUUUCAUGGAGGCCGAGGGCGGACUCCUCAUGAAGGCCCAUAGAAAGAUCCAGCCGUCUUUUAUAAUAAGUCCUGUCGUCGUCAUUACUCCAGCAAAAUUUGGCACAGAGGUUCAAAACUUCGUCAAGGCUAUCGAACGACUCCAAGCAACGAAGCGUGUCCCUUUCGAUGUCUCUUUCAUGGCCGUCGACAAAGUCCUUGAAGAGCCGUCUGUUCUCGAAUGCAGCAUCGUUAUCUCCCUGCUUGAGUUCUCUGGCAUCCAGGCUCGCGAUUAUUCCAUUUUCGACUGGAAGGAAAAUGACUUCGAUGCAUUCCGGACAAUCCUAACCGCGAGCCACGUUCUCUGGAUCACUCGGGGAGCUGUCAUGAGCUGUGAAAAUCCGCGUGGGAGCCCUAUCAGCGGGCUCGCAAGGACCCUGAUUUCCGAGAAUCCUCUGAAUUCAAUUGUCACUUUUGACUUGGCGGGAGACUCAAAGCUCGAUGACCCCGCCGUCGUUGGCAACAUCUUGUCCCUGCUUGAUGCGACGUUUGGAUCAAUUCUUGUAAAGUUGGAGGACACAGAGUUUGCCGAAGCAGGCGGGAAGAUUUACAUUCCUCGUCUCUUAACAUUGCCAUCCAUGAACCGCAUCAUUGAAGGUCAAGUUUCGGCUUGGAGAUUCUCCCAGAAGCCAUUCAGCGACAGUCAAGGUCUUCAGCUCACGAUAGACGCCCCGGGUAUCAACGACGACAACUUGUUCUACAUCAAGUCAGACAAGAAGGAAUUAGGAGCAGAUGAAGUUGAGAUUGUUUUUAGUGAAUCUCAUCUGUCUGUCCUGGACCUUGAAACUGUCCUUGGAAGGUCCCAGAAGUCGACUGUUGGAGCCGACAUCAGGGGCCGAAUCACUCGGCUCGGUAGCCAAGUCAAGGGGCUUUCUAUCGGCGACACUGUUGCCGCCUUGGUCUCCGGUGGCUCGAUUCGGAACUUCUUGCAGGUCGGAUCUCAGUUUGUCAGACGCGUUGACGCCGACAUUGUCCCAAGUUUUCUCGUCAGCGCCUACUUUGCACUCAUCCAUAUCGGAAGGGUUCGGCGAGGCCGCAAGGUGUUGAUCCAUACCGGCGCCAGUGGCUUUGGCCUCGUCGCGGUUCAGUUGGCCGUUGCUACAGGGGCUGAAGUCUUUGCUACUGUCGUCGGCCCCGAGGCUGAUUUACAGCGAGAGGUUUUAGAAAGGCAUGGUGUUUCAGAGGAUCGUAUCUUAGAAGCGGAUUCCGGGCUCUUUGUAGCCACGCUGCUGGGGGCUACAGAUGGUAAUGGAGUGGAUUGUGUGUACAAUCCCACCUUGAGAGCGUUUGAUGAGGCGUUGGACUGCGUUCGAAAAUGUGGUAGCAUCGUGCAGUUUGCAAGGGAGGCCGCGGGUUCGGUUUCGAGCC